ACCUCGCGAGAUUGGACUUGGGAUGUGCGGAUCUUUGUCCGGAUCCGGAAGUACCCACUAUUUUUGACAACAAUUCCUAGGGCAGGCGACAGGCUUCGUGUUACACUUUUUUCUUGUUUUGCGAAAGCGGCGAGGUCGGCUCCCUCUGUAGCUGUAGGAAACUACGGGCUAGCACUGUCUUUUUGACAAUGGCUGAAUAUUCUAAAGUAAAAUCUACCAAACUGAUGCUGAAGGGAAUGAAAAACAAGAGUAAGAAAAAUAAAGACAAGAAAAGGAAAAGAGAAGAAUCUGAUGAGGAUAAGUUGGACAUAGCUGGAAAUUGGUGGAGUGUUAAGAACUUCGGAGAAAUCUCUGGGACAGUGGCGAUUGAGAUGGACAAAGGAGCAUACAUACACGCUUUAGAUAAUGGCCUGUUUACUAUUGGAGCUCCCCAUAAAGAUGAUGAUGAUGGGCCAUCUCCUCCAGAGCAAUUCACAGCAAUCAAGUUGUCAGAUUCACGAGUUGCACUUAAGUCUGGCUAUGGCAAAUAUCUUGGUAUCAAUUCUGAUGGCCUCGUCAUUGGACGUUCUGAUGCCAUAGGAGCAAGAGAGCAAUGGGAACCAGUCUUUGACACUGGGAAAAUGGCACUUCUUGCUUCAAACAGUUGUUUUGUUGGAUGUAAUGAAGAAGGUGACUUAGUAGCCCAAAGUAAAACUGCUGGUGAAGGAGAAAUGAUAAAGAUUCGCUCAUGUGCUGAAAGAGAGGCAAAAAGAGACGAUGACAUUCCCAAUGAAGAUAAAGGAAACGUUAAACAAUGUGAAAUAAACUAUGUAAAGAAAUUCCAGAGUUUUCAGGACCGCAAACUCAAAGUGAGUCGAGAAGACAACAAAGAUCUUAAAAAGGCCAGAAAAGAUGGAAACUUUCACGAGACACUUCUAGACCGGAGAGCUAAACUGAAAGCCGAUCGAUACUGCAAAUGAAACAACAACUUGCUUGACCUGCUGUGUGAAUAUUUCUCUGUGCUCUAAAUGUAUUUAUGGCUAUAGCGCUAUAGGUUUUCUACUUUUACAUCAUUAAAAUGUUUUAUCAACAA